CACGUGCUCAGACCCGGAAGUGGACAAGCACGCCGCCGUGUGAGGAGCUGCUUGAGGUUCAGAGUCUUUUCUGCUGUGUGGCGUCAUGUCGGCGGUCACCUGUGUACCUGGUCAGUUUGAUGACGUAGAGGAGGACAGCAACCAAUCAGAGCUGUGUGCUGCAAGGCAUCAGAUCAGUGAUGUCACUGUGCAGCCUUCAUCAGACCCACCGGAGGACGAAGAAGAUGACUAUGAUGAAGACGACGACGAUGACGAUGAGGAGGAGGAGUGGAUGUGGCGUUCAGCAGGAGGAAAUCUCACCAAAAGAUACAACAGGACAGCAGUCAGCUGUCAGUCCAACAGACAGAAUCCGUCCAAUAAGACGCUGCAGUCGACUCCGUCUGACAAAGCUCUGAGGAAAUAUGAACACAAGAUCAACCUGGACAAACUGAAUUAUGCAGACUCGGUGAUCAAUAAAGUGACGACGAUGCAGAAACAGAAGGAAGCCGACACGUACCGAGUGAAGGACAAAUCGGAUCGAGCUACGGUGGAGCAGGUUUUGGAUCCUCGAACUCGAAUGAUUCUCUUUAAGAUGUUGAGUCGAGGAGUCAUCUGUGAAAUCAACGGCUGCAUCAGUACCGGGAAGGAGGCUAACGUUUAUCACGCCAGCACCUCUGCUGGAGAAAGCAGAGCCAUCAAGAUCUACAAGACCUCCAUCCUGCUGUUCAAGGACCGAGACAAAUACGUCAGCGGAGAGUUCAGGUUCCGCCACGGUUACUGUAAAGGAAACCCCAGGAAGAUGGUGAGAACCUGGGCAGAGAAGGAGAUGAGGAACCUGAUCAGGCUGCAGACGGCAGGAAUCCCGAGCCCUGAACCGAAGCUGCUCAGAAGUCACGUUCUGCUGAUGAGCUUCAUCGGAAAAGACAACAUGCCGGCUCCUCUGUUGAAGAACGCAGCUCUAUCGGAGUCAAAGGCCCGUGAGCUCUACCUGGAGGUUCUACAGAACAUGAGAAAGAUGUUCCAGGAGGCUCGACUCGUCCACGCCGACCUCAGCGAGUUCAACAUGCUAUAUCACAAUGGAGGCGCUUACAUCAUCGACGUGUCCCAGUCGGUGGAGCACGAUCAUCCGCAUGCCCUGGAGUUCCUCAGGAAGGACUGCAGUAAUGUCAACGAGUUCUUUGUGCGGCGCGGCGUCGCGGUGAUGACGGUCCGGGAGCUGUUUGACUUCAUCACCGACCCCUCCAUCACGUGCCACAACAUUGACCAAUACCUGGAGAAGGCGAUGGAGAUCGCGACCCAACGGACUUCAGAGGAGCGUUCGAAUCAGGACGGAGUGGACGAGGAGGUGUUUAAGAAGGCCUACAUACCCCGCACGCUGACGGAGGUGAGUCACUACGAACGAGACGUAGACCUGAUGAGGACGAAGGAGGAGGAGUCGGCCAUCUGUGGACACAGUGACAACGUUCUGUACCAGACGCUGACCGGACUGAGGAAGGAUCUGUCCGGAGUUCAAACGGUCCCGGCGCUCCUGGAAAAUGACCAGUCUUCGUCUUCUUCUUCUUCUUCUUCUUCAUCCGUCGAGGACGAAGAAGAAAAAGAGGAAAAUCUGCCGGAGCCGAGUGAGGAAGCCCAGAUAGACAAAAAGGAGAUGAAGAGAGUGGUGAAAGAAGCACAGAGAGAAAAACGCAAGAACAAAGUACCAAAACAUGUGAAGAAGAGGAAAGAGAAAGUGUCCAAGACAAAGAAAGGCAAAUGAUGACUUCCUGUUUGACCUAAUGGACUUCCUGUUUAUGACGAUUGGAUCGACCGCUUUUAUCAUCAGAGCAAACUGUUUGCAGUACAACUUUUAAUAAAACAUUUCCGUAGA